AUGGUAUUACGAGGAAAGGCAAUCAUGAUUGAUAGUUGUAUUAAUUCUCUAGAUACCAGGUGUAAUGUCGAUAUUGGUGCAAGCUGCAUCUCUGGUAAUCAUGAUUUGCUGAGGUCAUCUGCUCGACGAAAUGCACCCUGCAACCACCCACCGCUCGGAGCCGCACCGCCGCGCUGGCUCGAAGUCUCCCGGCGCCGAGGUGCCGCCGCGGCCGACCGCCUCAGCGCCCUCCCGGACGCGCUCCUGCACCACAUCAUGUCGUCCCUCAAGGCGUGGGAGGUGGUGCGCACCUGCGUGCUCGCGCGCCGGUGGCGCCACCUGUGGGCAUCCGCGCCCUGCGUCGACCUCCGUGUGCGCUACUCCGGCCGUGACGACGAUCCGCCCGAGGAGUUCCGUGACUUCGUCCACCAUCUCUUCCUCCUCCGCGACGUGUCGACGGCGGUGGACACGCUCCUCCUGCGGUCAAGCGACGAGAAUGCGGGAUACGACGAGAACGAUUCCGACAUGUGGAUCAGGACUGCUAUCAACCGCAGAGCGCGGGUUGUUCACCUUGCUGGGCAUCGCAAGGACAUCGCGUUGUUGGACCGCGUGCCCUUCGUCUCUGGCCACCUCAAGGUCCUGAAGUUGUCGUAUGCCAGGCUCGACGGCAGGAUCCUCCAGCAGCUUUCUUCUUGCUGCACAUCUUUGGAAGAGCUGGAUCUCAAGGACUGCCUGUUCACGACCCAUGAGAUUGUGUCUGCCUCCUUGAAGACUUUAAUCAUGGUCAAAUGCACCUUCAAUUUGGACUUCUCCAUCACCGCUCCAAACCUCGUGCUGCUGCGCCUUGUCACUCCUUCCGUCCGAGUUCCGUCAUUUCAGAACUUUGGGUCGCUGGUCACAGGCACUAUCGUACUUGAUGACUCUUUCUUGAGUGAUGAUUUUGAGCAGAUCAGUGAUAAAGAUGAUUGCGAUGAAACUACUGAUGAUGACGACAAUGACUCUGAUAAUGACAUGAGUGCUGAUGAUUUUGGGAACAGCAGUUGUGAUGAUGUUGAAGAAAACACUGAUGAGGAAGAUGGCUAUGAUAAGUCUAAGAAUUAUAAGGUCGGAUAUGAACACAGUUUCCCUAAAAAGGCAUACCGGCAUGGUGGUUCCAAGGACAAUUAUGGUUAUGGCAGUGAUAUUGAUAGUGAUGACAACACGUAUGAAUACAAUGAGAUUGCAAAUGAUGCAAAGUAUGGCUACAAAGGUAUAGGCCAGAUUCCAAGUAAAGGCAGUAACUAUGAUGGAAACAGUGGUGGCAGUGAUAGUAAGAUUCUAGGUGGUUGUCAUAUUCUUGAAAGCCUUUCAACUGCUACGAGUUUGGAAUUAUUAUCAGAUGCUGGAGAGGUUGUUCUGAGAAGAGAGUUGGAAAGGUGUCCAACUUUUAGCAACCUGAAGACCCUGUCCCUUGGUGAAUGGUGCAUGGUUGCUGAUUUCGAUGCAUUAAUUUUCUUGCUGCAGCAUUCACCUAAUAUAGAGAGGCUUUUCCUCCAACUUAAACUGAACUUCAACACUAGGAAGGUAUUGAAAACCGGUAUAAAACCAUUGGGAAGAUCGUUUACUUGCAAACACCUUCGAAUGGUGAAGAUCAAAUGCUCAAAGGAUGAUGCUAGAGUCCAUACGUUGGCACAUCUGUUCAGGGCAAAUGGUGUACCCCUUGAGAAGAUUUAUGUCCGCCGGAGUGGGAAUGCUUAUCUACGUGGCCAAAAGUUAAUGAGGGAGCUCGCCAAGCAAGAACUGGAUGAGUUUAGGGACAACUGGAUGUAA